GCAAGAAUUAUUAAUCAUAAUGUCGUAUAUUGGUUCACCGGGCUCGGGAAUGUACAACCAGGAUGAUUACGACUUUGACGAAGAUCGCUACGAUGACGAGGAACACGAAAACGACGAGCCAGACGAAACAGACGAAGAUACGGAGGAUGCAUCCGAAACAGAUACAGGCCGACCAGAGGAACACAUGGAAAUAAAAGAACAAGUCUACCAGGAUAGUUUGGCUACACUAAAAAAGAAACUGCAACAGUUGAAAGAUGGCACACAUCAUGAUUACAAUCGCAAAGUAAGAAAAUUAGAGGCAAUUUACAAUGAGGGUAUUCGUCUGAAUGCAAUCUACAAGGAGUACAUGAUUGAAUGUGUGGAAGCUGAAUAUUGCAAAGAAAAAAAGGCGGCAGCUAAGGAAUUUGAAGAGAAAAAGGUGGCGCUCAAGGAGAAUCUCAUUGCAGACUUUGAAGACAAAAAGAAAACAAUUGAAGCAGAAAGACACACAAUGGAAUUAUCCGGAGAUUCCAUGGAAGUGAAGCCAGCGCUUACAAGGAAACUACGUCGUCGACCCAAUGACCCGAUUCCUGUACCGGAAAAAAGACGCAAACCGCCAAUAUCACAGAUUAGUUACAUCCUCGACGACAAGGAGGUGGAAAAUGAUUUGAAAAGGAUUUCGGUGCCGUUUAGGAAAACGUCCGAAGGUAGCAACACCGGUUUGCAUGGAAUUUCAGCUAUGAAUGACAUUGCUCUAGUGGAAACUAAAGUAGAAGAUGGCAAGUUGUUAUAUGAAAGAAGGUGGUUCCACCGCGGACAGGGCGUGUACGUCGAGGGUAGGGACAUGCCCAAGUUUCCAGGGACGAUUUCCGCAAUUGCAAAUGAAGCAAUUUAUGUCAAAAAGAAUGACAACACUAAGCAGAAGAUCCUGAUUCAAAGCCUUGCCAAAGGCAAAGUAUCGAUAAAGCGCCGCGCUCAAUAAGUUAAGUUGUAAUUUAAUAAAAUAUAAGUACAUAA